AUUAGUAGUUGUUCUAAAUUGAAUUUCCAAAAGUGGGGGCCAAAUAAGAAAAAGUCAGAAAUUCUGGAUCACUCUCCAUUAACCGACACGUGGCAAUCUCCUCCUUUUUAUUCCAAUACUACCCUUCCUUCUCCUACUCAUCCCCGUCUCUUUGCCUCACCGGCAAUCUCAUGUGAUCAGUUAUUUUAUCAUCAUCUUCUCUCUCACACACAACAAGCACUGAUUACAGAAAACAGACGAUCUCUGAAAAUACCAUUGAUUUCUCGGGGAGCCCCUUCUUCUUUCUCCUCCAAUUGUCUGAAGCAGGAGGGAAGGCCAUGUGAAUUGUUUGAAACUAAAAAAAUAGUUACUCCAUUAAUAAGUCAUUUUAUUAAGUAGUUUGUUAAUGGGUAGCAAGGGUUGUGGAAAAUCGAGAACAAUGUUGAAGAACGGGUUAGGAAGAUCUUACCAAUUUUCACUUCUUCUAUCUCCUGUUAUCUCUUUUUGGGAAUGUAGUGUGCGUAAAAUGAGGUACUCAUUCAGACCUGAGUGGGUGUAGUGUUAGUUCGAUAUACUUAGCUUGCGUUUUUUUUUCUUUCUCUUUUUCCCGAGUUUUCAUUUUCAGAGUUCAUUAAUUAUUCAAUAACAAGUUUUAAAAGAAAAAGGAAACAUAUAUUUGAUCAGAUACUGUAUACAAAAUAGACAACUUUUUUAUUAGGGAAGUAAAAGAAGUUAAGCAGAUAGGAGAGUGUAGUAUUAGGGUUAUCAUAUCAUGGACGGUUCUAAAGUAACAGCUGGCGUUAGGAAAGCCAAGAAGAAGCAGGUAAAAGACGAGCUCGACCGAAUCAAACAAGCUGAGAAGAAAAAGAGGCGAUUGGAGAAGGCUUUAGCUACUUCUGCAGCCAUUCGCUCCGAACUUGAAAAGAAGAAGCAGAAAAAGAAAGAAGAACAAGAGAGGCUUGAUGAAGAAGGUGCUGCAAUAGCUGAGGCAGUAGCUCUGAAUGUCCUACUCGGUGAAGACUCUGACGAAUCAAGUAAGAAUUGGGAAUAUUCUAGAAACAUGGAGAUUGUUCUUGGCAGAAGACAGGCAUUGGUUCCUUACCGAGAUGUGUCGAAAUAUUCGCUCGGAGAUUUUGGAUGGGUUUCUUCUGAUCCGUAUAGAUACGAGUGCAUGUGGAAUAACCACUGGGGGAAUUCGAAUUUCAUGGUCUCGUCUGAUCCUCAAUAUUCUGCGGGCCAACUUGCUGCUCAGGCAGUUUCGUCACUUAAAAUAGCCGAUGAUUCACAGGUGGAUGCUUAUUUGUUCAACCAUAUGUUAAGAGGGUAAAAAGGAAGAAAUUCAUUUCUAGAUAUGGUUUGGUCUAGUUGUGGUGAUUGCUGUUGUUUCGAAUAAUGGUUCUGUGUAUAUAUCUGAGAGAGCUUGGUCUUUAUUACCCCUUUUAUUAUCCGGUGUCAAGAUUGUAUUACCGACAUUUUCGAACUUCUCCGAUUUUUAGUUUUUUUUCUGUUUGUUUUGAUUACCUCAA